CAGUAAAACCUUGUCACGCUUUUUGUUAAUUGUUGUAGUAGCUGGUAGCGAUUGCAGUAGACGCAAGGUUACAUGCUAGAUGUGAUGUUGGAUUAGUAAAACGACAACAAAAACGAUACCAGACAUUACUACAUAUAAUUUACCACCAAAUUAGUUUUUUCUGCAGUUUGAAGUUGAACCAUCUUGAUUCUACUUCAUUUAUAGUCCUUUGCAUAAAAAACCAGUAAAAAAAGUCACUUAAAGCACCCCUUUGCAUGUGAGCUGCUGUAUUGCACUAAAUCAUACACUACAUUAAGCUAAGAUAGCUUCAAAGAACAUCCAUUUUUAACUCUUAUGCAUAUUUUUACCAUUCUUGUAAAUUCAAAGUUGCAGGGUUAACUAUCAUUUCUGGUACUAAACUUACUGAUUGCACAUAUAAUUAGUAAGCGUGUGGUGGUGUUCUAUUUUGAUGUUGUUUUAAGGAGGAUUUUUCGGCUAAAUGUUUUCUCAUUGCAAAGAUGGGAACACUGCAAUUCUCUCAGACAUUUCAACUCUUUGGGAAAUUUACAGAAGGAAGGAAAAAGUAUUCAAGAGUGGCAUCAGUCUCGGUAGUAAUUUGUUUCAUAGCUUUGCCUGUUUGUCUGAUCUUUCUGAAGAGCUCAAAGCUUCGGUUUUCUGAGGCAGUUGACAGUACGGCAAAACCAUUGGAGGCGAAUGCGUUAAACUCUUCAGCUAAGCUGUUGGGAGGUGUUUCAGAGGAUGUUACACAGGUUGCACCAUUGGUUGCAGAUGGGAACAACAGUUCAUCAAAGCCGUCUAAUACCAGCAGCAAACCUGUUACUGGUCAGCACAAACUGGUAGAUAAUGAUGAGCUUGUUGUAGCUUCAGGAUUUGUUAAAGAAUCAUGCAUAAGCAGGUACCAAUACUCUUCAUACCACAAAAACAAACCUUAUAAACCAUCUUCUUAUCUGAUUACCAAACUACGAAGCUAUGAAAAACUCCAUACACGGUGUGGGCCACAAUCAUUGCAUUACAGAAAAACCAUAAGGAAGUUAUCAAGAAUAAACCAUGUAAAAGACAGUGACACCAUACCUUGCAAGUACCUGGUUUGGACUCCUGCAAAUGGGUUAGGAAAUAGAAUGGUUAGCAUGGCUUCAGCUUUCUUAUACUCCGUUCUUGAAAAUCGAGUUUUUCUGGUUGAAUUUGAGGCAGAAAUGGAUUGUUUAUUUUGUGAACCAUUUCCUAAUUCAACAUGGCUUUUACCCAAAAACUUCCCUCAUAAAAACCAUUGGAGUCAACUACCAGCCUUCAGAAAAAACAGGGUAAAUUCAGAGGAAGAUGGGUUUUCGCCGUCAUUUGUGCACCUUGAUCUACAACAUGGACAUGGUGAUCAUAAUCUUAGACAAUUCCAUUGCAAUGAAACUCUUUUUACCCUAGGAAAAAUCCCAGUUUUAAUCCUAAUAUCGGAUCAAUAUUUCGCCCCUUACCUAUUCAUGAGCUCAACCUUUAAACAAGAAAUAAACAAAAUGUUCCAUGAGAAAGCUGCAGUUUUUCACCACUUAGGACAUUACCUAUUCAACCCUUCUAAUGAGGCUUGGGGGCUAAUCACAAGGUUUUAUGAAGCUUACUUAGCCAAUGCAGAUGAGAAAAUCGGCCUACAAAUCCGGGUCUAUCCUCAUCAGAAAGUUCCGUCCCAAAACAUAAUGUCACAAAUAUUAUCAUGCACCCUAACCCAUAACAUACUACCUUCACUAGAUUCUCCAAAUUCUCCAUUGAGAAACACGACCUCGAAAUCAAAAGCUGUAUUAGUAGCAUCAUUAUCCCCCGAUUUUGCAGAGGGUUUGAAGAGUCUUUAUUGGACAAGGCCAACGAUGAAUGGUGAUGUCAUUGGUGUUUAUCAACCAAGUCAUGAAGAAUACCAGAAAUUUGGUGACAACAUGCAUAAUAUGAAGGCAUGGGCUGAAAUUUAUCUGUUAAGUUUGUGUGAUGUGUUGGUGACUAGUCCUGUGUCUACUUUUGGGUAUGUUGCACAAAGUUUAGGGGGUUUAAAGCCAUGGAUUAUGGUUAGAUUAGGGAAUAAUGAACACCCUAAUUCGGCUUGUAAACGAGGUUUUUCAAUGGAGCCUUGUCUUCAUGUUGCUCCACAGUAUGAUUGUAAGGGUGGGAGUAAGAUUACUAACAUUAGCAAACUUAAUCCUCAUUUGAGUGCUUGUGAGGAUGUAUGGUGGGGAGUUAAGUUAAAUUAAAUUAAAGUUGAUAUCUUGAACAAUCCAUGCUGUAAUUAUUUGCUUAUAUUAUUAUGUCAUUGUAUGGAUAUAUAGACACUUUGUUAGUAGGCCAGUCCAUAAUAUUGGUCUUUAAAUAAACAAAUUGGGCGGAUCAGUAUCAAGUCCAAUAAAAGAGUUUUCAUCUCCUAUAAAUAUUACGUAGUACUUCACUACAUAA